AGGACUGAGCGCAGAGAAACAGCACAGCCAAUAGCUCAGGGACGCCACACCAGCCACUGGACUAUCACUUCACCAACACAGACAGAGAACAAGAGACACCUACUGACACAGACAGAGAGAAACCAGUAUCCAGCUGAAAUGGGAUUGCUACGUGUUGAAGACUUGGUUACAGGCAGGAGGUCUGAUGGUAAAGAGGUGGCUGGUGAGGCGUGUGCAGAAGUGUACGCUACGGGGGAGUAUGAGACGGCUGUUAACAGUGAGAAACAGGACGGAUUCCACGCACAUGCUGACCUGAGCGCAACGGUAGACAAAGAGCAGAAUGAACACAACCCCACACUUAAUAUUGACCGGUUAGGGCACUUGAAGCUGGAGACUGUAGACGAUCUCUUCGGCAUCCUGCAGCUGAAGAAGAGGAGGAAAGAGAGGAAGAUACUUGCUCAGAAGAAAGAGGCUGAACCAGAGAUCCUGCCGGAAACCGUGGAUCAGCCCACGUUCCUCAAAGCUGCUGAGGAAAAUAAGAUCGCUGUGGUGGAGAAGUACCUGUCUGAUGGUGGAGACCCCAACACCAGUGAUCAUUUCAGACGUUCUGCUCUGCACAAAGCUUGUUCCCAAGGUCACAUCGAGGUCAUGAAGAAACUUCUGGAGGCUGGAGCUUCCAUCGAGCAAAAAGACAAGCUGGAUGCUACAGCGGUGCACUGGGCCUGCAGAGGGGGCAGUCUGCCAGCACUGGAGCUGCUGCUAAAUGAGGGAGGCAAGAUCAGCUCCAGAGACAAGCUGUACAGCACUCCUCUACACGUAGCUGUCAGGACUGGUCAUUACGAGUGUGCAGAACAUCUCAUCCACUGUGGGGCAGAUAUCAGCGCUAAAGACAGGGAAGGAGACACGCCCUUGCACGAUGCGGUGAGGAUCAACAGGUUCAAAAUGAUUAAGCUGCUGCUGAUGUAUGGGGCCAACAUGAAGACCAAGAAUAACGAUGGAAAGACGCCAAUGGAGAGUCUUCUUGCUUGGCAAAGUGGGGCGAAGAACAUCCUUUGCAACUUUAAGGAGGAUGCAGCUUGCACAACUCAUUAGAGAGAGAGAGAGAGAGAGAGAGAGAUAUGGAAAGAUCAUAAAAUUACCAGGAUGUACAAUGCAAAGAACAGUUGGUUUUAUUUAAAUCUGUUAUUUGCUUUUUAUUAUAAUUUGACAAAUACUGAAUGUCGACUGAGCUCUGGAAGCUAAUUGCUGGCGAUAAAGCAACUGAAGCAGUGACAUUUUAUUUGUAAAUACUGUUAAAUGGUGAAGUAUUUUGGAAAUAUUAAGUGGUAUGAACAGUGUUGUAAAUGAGCAGGAGAAAACAGAUCUGAUGUGAAGUGGGUUUAAAACUCUUUGGAAAUUUCUUUACUUUAUUUUGUAACCCACUGUCAGCCGGCGUGUGUAUCAGGUGAUGAACAGUAUGUUGUGGCUGGUUAGAGGAUGUAGGCCUUGUAAGGAGAGAUGGACCCAUAGGGCCCUAUUUUAGUGAUCUAUAGCACAACGUUCAAUUGCGCAUCUCGCAGAAGGGUUUAGGGCAUGUCGGUGUGGUGAGAACGCAAAAAAUAUGCCUUGCACAGAACACGGGUGUGUUUUAGGCAUAACCUGAAAUAAACCAAUCAGUGAGUUACUUGUCAUUCUCUUUAAGAGCCAGGUGCACUCUGACUUUGGCAUAAUGGUAUCUUAACAGUGCGGCGCUUUUGCGCAUCUUAGCAGAGGAUACUGACUAAGUAAGUGUUUUACUCUAUUAAACUGCUCACAUUAGCGAGGUGUGCUAAAUAUUCAUGCUUAAAGUAUGCUAGUUACCUAGUCUGUGAGCUAGUGAAUUUUCAACAUACACAUUUUGAUUGCGGAUUUAUUUUUUUUGCUUAAAACUUCUGACACAAAAGACCAAUAGUGUAACAGAUUCCCGUUCAAUUCCUUUUAUAUCUGUUUAUAAUUAAGGGUUAAUCUUCAGUUAUAGUAGAUAUAGCGUACCCAGUGUACUCAUACAUGUGAAGAGAAGUCAGAUUUCCGUAGUGUUUGUUAGCAAAGUUACUUAUAGCUCCAGUGCUAAACAAAAAAAGGAAGUUUUGCCCUCCUGCAUUCAAAAAAAGUAAAUAAUUGUCCAAAUAUGAUUAUUUGCUGAAUCUUUUCUUUGAUGACCUUAAAUUAAAGCACUUAAUUUAAGAUAGCUGUCAUUAAUAUGGGCUGUACAAAAAUAAAUACCACUUAUUAUGUGAUAUAUGGAAUAAUUUUUUAAAUAAAUUUGACAAUUAUUACUUAAUAUUACUUAACAAACUUAACACUUUGCUACGUCAGCGACUCAUUGAUCUUGAGCUCUUGUUAUCAUAUGAUUUACAUUAUUUGACUUUGUAAUGAGUUUCACUGCAGGCAAUUCUGGGAUAUUUUUUUCUCUUUCUGAUUCAGCUUUUCCAUUUUAAUUAGCCACUGAAUCUUAGCUUUUAUUUUCAUUGAGUUUUUGAGAGAGAUUUGUUACAGCCGGCUUUGGAAAGGCUCUGGAGUUGUUUUAUGACUAUGAUUUGUUGAAUGUACAUUAUUUAAUAUACAAAGAUUUCCAUUUCUUCCCUUUUUUCCAAAUGCCUUGAUGUAAUAAUUAUUUGAUUCCGUUUUCUUUAAAUAAUUUAUUGUAUUUGAUUUUAGUUUGUAUGUAAAUAAAGUUAUUGGCUUUGC